AACGGAGGCAGCGGCAGGGCCACGCAUCUGCUGGAUUAUCAACCCGACACCAGAGCAACCCUCAUUACGGUCCAGGCUCUCGCUCUGUGCAGUGUGAGUUGUCGUCGCGUUCGCUCCCCGGAUUACGCUCAGGAUAAGCGGAUAGGAUAGCAUCGCCAGAUAUUGGGAGAUACGCGCCGGCCUCAGUGGACAGUCGAUUGGCUGCCAUCAAGCGGACAAGACACACAACGCGCAACAACAUAUCGUGUGAAUCGUGCAGUGAUUUUGAACAGUGUAUUGAACUCCAAGUGUCAGCAAGUGUAUUGAGUAACGCAAUCAUCUCGCAGCAUCAACAUGGUCAUGUUGCAGUCGCCGGCGCAAAAGGCCAACAGCGACAAUCAGCCAACGGCCGUCGGUGGCCUAAUGAGUCCCAACUCCAAUCCGGAUUCACCCAAGUCAAACACCUCGCCGGAGCUGGGCAACGUGGAGGCAGGUGCAGGCGGAGGAAUAGCCACUUCUACGCCCCCAAAGAUACCAAAGUUUAUCAUCAGCGCCGGCACUGGACAGCAGGCGGUGGCCAAGCAGCAGGAGCAGGAGCUGCGCUACUCCAUCGAGCGACUCAAGCAGAUGAGCAGCGAGUCCGGCAGUCUGAUCAGUCGCCUCAGUCCCACGCAGGAGGGUUGUCCCGCUGACAAGGAUAAACCCAACCACAACAACAACAACAACAACAGCCUGACAAACCACAACAAUAACAAUAACAACAUAAAUGGCAGUGCAUUGCGUCGAUCGCAGUCACCGCCAGCUUUGGGAGCACCCAACGUUGUGAUCAACAACUUCUCCUCGCCCGCUCAACAGCGAAAGCUGCUGGAACUGAGUGCCGUGCGACAGUUGGCGCGACCGGAGCCACUGCAGCAUCCACACGCAGCACUGCUGCAACAGCAUCCGCAUCUGCUGCAGAAUCCACAGUUCCUGGCAGCGGCAGCGGCCCAGCAGCACAUGCACCACCAUCAUCAUCAUCACCAUCACCAGCAGCAGCAGCAGCAGCAGCAGCAGCCACAUCCGCACUCGCAUCCGCAUGCACAUCCUGGCGCUGGAGUUUUCCAUCUGAGAGCGCCCAGUGCCACCAGCAGCACCACUGGCCCGCCCUCGCCGGCCACAUCGCCACUGUCGCCGCCCACUUCACCAGCCACACAUUCCGAGCAGCCGACGAGCUCCCCACUCGCAGGACCACUCGCAGCCAAUCCUCCCGCAAAUUCCAGCCAGCCACAACAGCAGCAGCAACAGAUUCAACCAGCACCAGCACAGAUCCUCUUAAGCAGCGGUCCGCAUCCGGUGAGUCCCCUGUCCGCCAGCGACAUGGAUUUGGAGCGCAUUAAGCUGGUGGCCGCUGUGGCCGCUCGCUCCAACCAGGCCCCAGCUCCGAGCACAUCCGCGGCAGCAGCCACCGCCUCCAGCUCCACGUCGAACUCCGUCUCACCGGCUGGCCGGGAUCUCAGCGACUAUGGCUUCCGAAUACAGCUGGGCGGACUGGCGGCAGCGGCAGCAGCUGCGGCUGCCACCUCACGCCAAAUAGCGGCUGCAAAUUAUGCGCGCAGCGACACCAGCGAAGAACUCAAUGUGGACGGCAACGAUGAGGACAGCAACGAUGGAUCACACAGCACGCCGUCGGUCUGCCCUGUAGAUCUGACACGUUCAGUGACCACAAAUGCCACAGUAAGUGCCAACUCUGCCUCGACAAGUGCCUCCAGUGAUCGCGAGGCGGCCACCAAGCGGCUGGCAUUCUCAGUGGAGAACAUACUGGAUCCCAACAAGUUUACGGGCAACAAAAUGCCAGCCUCUGGCCAUCCUUUCGGACAUCCACGGCAAUGGAGCUACGAUCGUGAUGAGGAGAUGCACGAGAGAUUAGACGAUGAUCAAAGCGAGGAUAUGUCUGCUCAGGAUCUUAAUGACAUGGAUCAGGAUGAUAUGUGCGAUGAUGGCAGCGACAUUGAUGAUCCCAGCAGCGAGACGGACUCCAAGAAGGGCGGCAGCCGCAACGGCGAUGGCAAGUCUGGCAGCGGUGGUGGUGGUGGCGGCGGCAGUGGCGGCUCCAAGCCACGACGUGCCCGCACCGCCUUCACCUACGAGCAGCUCGUGUCGCUGGAGAACAAAUUUAAGACCACGCGGUACUUGAGCGUCUGCGAGCGACUGAAUCUAGCACUCAGCUUGAGCCUGACUGAGACACAGGUGAAAAUCUGGUUCCAGAAUCGUCGCACCAAGUGGAAGAAACAGAAUCCGGGCAUGGAUGUCAACAGUCCGACAAUACCGCCACCAGCGGGCGGCUCCUAUGGACCCGGUGCCUAUGCGAGCAGUUUGCUGUAUCCGCACGCUGUGCCAUAUCCACCCUAUGGACCCUACUUCCAUCCUCUGGGCGCCCACCAUCUGAGCCACUCGCACUCAUAAAAUUGCAAGAUGCAACAGCGUUUGUUGCAACUCUUCGAAAAGCGAGGGAAGCCGCCCGAGGCGACGAGGACCCCCAGUGGCGGGGGAACGAACAGAUAAAUCUUGUAAAUGUCGAACUGCUUUAAGUGUGUGUUUUAGUGUCUCUAGUACAUUAGUUUUUAGUUGUAUUUUUGCUGUACAUAGUUCGUUUGAAAAAUAAACAUAAACCAUAGAUACGAUAUGAUAUGAUAUGAUAUGAUAUGCUAGCGCUUAGAGAACCUCGAAUGCCAUAUCUAGAAUUAAAUUAUAAUAUUACUUGUAGCGUUUAAGUGGCAAGCAAAAUCAAAAGCAGAGCAAACCAAAAAUUGCAUAAAU